GUAGAGAGUUUCAAGGAAACUACUAAGAAACUUAUAAGAACUGAAACCAAGGCUGCAAAUUAUGAAAAAGAAAAGUAUAAAAAAUCGCAAAAGGUUAUUCGACAACAAAAAGCUGUUGAAACCUUGAAGGAGAAGAUUAAACUCGAACACGCUCAAUAUAAUGAGGAAAAACGAGACCGACAUAAAAAAAUAAUGUAUAAGACCAAAGAAAUAGAGGUUUUAGGAAAGCAAGCUGAUACCCUAAAAGUCGAGAUACUUGCCGCAGGAAGUGCUAUAAAUGAUCAGCAAGAAAUCCAUUCCUACAUUCAAAAACAAAUCGCAACAUUGAUGGAUCCGUACAAGUGAUAUAUACAUAUGGAUGUUUCCACCAAAAUAAGGCAAAACGGUGGAGAGAACUAAAAAAAUAAAAAAAUAAAGUUAAUUGUAUAUGUAUUAUUAGUAAAAAUAUUGUAUGAGGGAGAAUAUGACACGCCCGUUAUCACAAUUUACUUCAAAAUAAAACCAACAACGAAUUCCUUUUGAUUAAAUAUUAGUUGUAAUGGUC